UAUGAUUAAAAAACAUGAUAGGACCAUGCGAGAAUACAGAAACACCCGAUUCCGAACUAUUGAAUUGGAGAAGUCCACAAUAGAUGAUCAACAUGAAAUGCGUGGGAUAGGAGAGAUGUACAACAAGAAAACAGGUAGGAAAAGUACGGAUCGGGGAGAAGAACACAGAGACAAGCAAGCCUACCAACAGGAAAACGUUGUUGAACACUUGAAAGUAUACCAAAGAAAAUUAAGAAUAAGAGAAGGUCAAUAUCAGAUUCUUCGGCAAGUAAUUGGAGAAACAACUGUGAGAAGAAUUUUAAAGAAUUUAGUAUUGCCGAAUCCUAUGCCAGAAGCUGUUUCUAGGUCGGGAAGUUUGAGUGAAAGGUUAAUAGAUGUUGAACACAGAAUGCAGCAAAUAGAGACGGACCACUCAAUCGGAGUUGAAAGGUUAAAUACAAUGAAAGAUGAAGAAAAGGACCUGAGUAAAGAUGUUGAUUCCUUAGAGCAUGACUUUAUUAGUUUGCAAAAAGACUUGUUAAAUUCUCAAAAAGAAAGGCAGGAAUACUACAAUAUAUUUAACAAUAUCCAAAACAAUACUAUUAAGAACGAAAAAGAUAUAAAAAGCGAAUUAAGAAGGAUAGUUGAAAUUCAAUUCGGAGAAAAGCAGACACUUUUAGGAAAGAUGGCCAAAUUAAAAAGAAAGAAUAACGCUUUACAGGAAAAUUUAUGUACUCUACAAGAUGAGCCAGAGGGUGAUGACGAGAGUAUUCUGAAGUUGAUCGAGCAAAACAAAGCCUUCCGUAUGCAAAUUGCAACUUUGGAAAUGACUUCCUCUGAAUUACGAUGUUUGCUAUCCGAAGAAUACCAAAGAAGUGAAAAGUAUUCGAAUUUUAAUGAAGUUAUUAGAGAAAAAGACGAAUUAUUACAUUUAGUUGAUAAAUUACAAAGUCGUAUACGUUCUUACGAAAAGUUGAAAAGGAGUAUUAAUCAAGAUGAAAGGAUAACGGAUUUACAAAAUCGUAUCGAACAAUUGGUUUCAGAGAAGAUUACUGUUGAAGCUAAAUACAAAAAAAUUAAGGAGCAUCUGGAUUCAUCCAAACAGAAAACCUCAUUUAAUGAUGCUAAACAUUGUGGACAUGUACAAGAUUCUAUUGGUGAAAUAAUGCGCAUGCGCCAUUCCAUUGAGAAGUUACAAGAGGAGAACGAAUACUUUAAAAACGAAAACAUUGAUUUAGAAAAAGAAUUAGCAGACUUAAACAAUCGUCUACAAUCAGUUCAAAAGGAUAAUUUAACUUUAAGUCAGGAACGGGUCAAGGACCAUGAAUUUAAAUUGAAUAAUAAUGAGAAUAGAAUUAGUAAUAAUGAAUUAUUAAAGUUGGAAACUAAAUUAGAAAAUAUUGAAAGUAAAUUAGAAACAGAGAGAAAGUUAAGAGUGUUAGAUAACGAUAAAUUACAAGCUGUACAAAAAAAAAUGGAAGAAGAGAAAGACCUAAUUAAGAUGUUAGAAGAAAAAUUAAACAAUGAGGGAAUAAAAGUAAAAAAUGUUGAAAUUGAGAAAGAGGUUCUUGAAAAGACGGUGAAAAAUUUGACUGAAAGUUUAAGUAAAGUUGAAGCACUUCGUGAGAAAGAAAUUGAAUUAAAUAAGACAUUGGAAGGUGAUGUUGUAAAAAUAAAAAGUGAAAAUCGUUUAUUAACAAGACAAAAUUGUAAACUUGAAGAAGAAAAUAAUUCUUUCAGAAAUAAUAUUGAAAAGCAUGAAGAUUUGAAAGAAGAGCUUUGUUUACUUAUGGAGAAGAAAAUUGAACUAGAUAAUAAUUUGACAGAUUUUAUGAGAAGUAGGGAAAAGGUGGAUGCGAAGAACAGUCACUUAACUGCCGAACUUCAAAGUGAUAUAUCGGAUUUGCAUAAUUGUGUCUAUCACGCUUCCACGGAAGUGAGGGAUUUUAUUUCUAGAGGUGGAACACUUUCAAUGAAUUUAAAUGAAGGAUCUGGGGAACUUGAAGAUUUAAGAAAAUCAAACAAUCAAUUAGAACAAGUUAUCGCUGAAAUGAGCGGGAGUAUACAUCAGAUGGCUGAAGAGAUCAAUAGAUAUAAGAAUGACAAAUCAGAACUGGAAAAAAGCCAUAAUGAAUUGUUAAAGAAAAUAGAGCAUCUGGAAGAAAAUAAUAACAGUCUUCUAGUCAAGUUGACAAAUGAAGAAGAUAAUAAAAGGAAAGAAAAAAACUAUAUUGAAAAAAUUGAACAUGAAUUAAAUACAAUCAAAAGGGAAAAAUCAAAUAUUUAUCGACAAUUACAACAUGCUCAAGAAUUGUCCUCAACAAAGGGGGAAGAAUUGCUCGAGUUGAGAAAAACUCACGAUAAGAUAAAAGAUGACCUAAAAGAUUAUCAGGAACAGAUUGAAAAGGCAAAAUCUGAAAUUAGUAAUAAAGAAGAAGAAUUUUCAUUAUUAAAGAGUAGCUUUAAAGAAAUUGAAAAAGAACAUAAAUUUUUAAAAAUUAGAGCUAAUGAAGAUUGUAACAUAAAAAAAAAGCUGAAUGAACUCUUGAACGACAGGCAAAAGGAAAUCGAUCAAUUAGUCAGUAAUAAAUUGAAUAUAGAAUUUAAAUUAAUAGAUAUUGAAGGUCAAAAUGAAAUUUUGACUAGAAAAGUUAAACAAUUCAUGAGUGACGAUAAACGAUUUAAUAAGUUGAACAACAAGAACGUGACUCAGAAGAUAUCUUGUUGUACAUUUCACGAAGCAGACAAUUUGAAUUUCACAGAAGCAAUGAAAGGCAAUGAUCAGAUUCCUAUAAGUGAAGCUUCUGAGAACUUUAAGUUAAAAGAGGAAGUCAACGAUCUUAAGGAGGGCGAGGACAUACUAAAUCCGAUAAAUAACGAUGUAAUUGUUAACAGUAAAGGUUGUCUGAAGGUUGAGAGUGAAAAGGAAGAACGACUUAUGGCUUCUACAUCCUGUGAUGAUAUUAACACAAAAAGUAAAGACGUUGAAGAUGGUUUUUCAAUAACAGUAGCAGGGAGAAAAUUGAGCGAAAUUUCUCAGAAAGCCCUUAGAUCUUUUUAAAUACAUUAUAAGAAAUCUUAGAAGG